AAGAUGAAAUAGGUCGGAGGGGUGGCAGCAGGCGAGAAGUAGAGAGAGAGAGAGAGAGAGAGAGGAGAAGAGGACUGAUGCAAGCCGAGGGUUUCAAGCUAGGAGACAUGACUCCCCCACCUUGAAAGUUAAAAGGUGAGGCAAUUCCGCAAAUGUUUGCUGAUCAUAUAAAGUGGAUGUUUGAUAAAAUGAAGAAGCGAGAGUGCAGUGCUGAUGUUAAAAGCGAUGAUUUGCUGACAUCCUCAGUGUUGCCAUGAAGAAAUCUGUCUAAUUUUUUAGUACCAUGGGAACUAAGUUAACUAUAGAACUGAUGGAAUGAAGUAGACAGGAUAGAAUUGGGUAAAUCCAUAAUUCUCAGAGGAGUGAAGUAAUCACAAGAGGAAUUUGAGAUCCAUAGGGCUUUGGUGCGUGUGUUUGUCAAAGAGAGUCACCACCUGGAAAUAUAAAGGCUUUUGAGAUGCAGAACCUUAGCAACAAAGACUCUGAGCAAAGCUCGGUUCAUUCAACAGCUAAUUGUCUAAUUAAUUGCCCAUCAUGGUGGAACUAUAGUGGGCCAAACAUGCUGCAAUCUUCUUAUUCCAAGAACUUAUAUAUGAACAUGGGCACCAUGGCACAACAAUCUAAUCAGACGAAGCAACCUGUGCUUCAAAUGCCUGACCAAGACUCGUCAUCAACCCAGUCAACUGGUCAAUCCCAUCAAGAACUGGGAGCAACGAUGGAGAGAAACCUUCAUGAGCAAGGUGCUUUGGCACAUUCUGGUGAUAAUGUGACCUCCAGAAAGCAGGUUGAAGAUCAUAUGAAGCCAGUUUUAUCUCUGGGUACUGCAGGAGCUGUCCUUCAACCUCAAAAAAUUGAUUUUAGCCAGUCUAUUGCGUGCAUUCCAUACCCUUAUGCAGAUCCAUACUUUGGAGGGAUUGUGGCUACUUAUGGAUCGCAUGCUGUGAUUCACCCCCAACUUGCUGGAAUGGCACCUUCUGCUCGAGUCCCCCUGCCUCAACCCGUGGAGGAUGAGCCCAUAUAUGUCAAUGCGAAACAAUAUCAUGGAAUUCUUCGACGGAGGCAGCUGCGCGCCAAGUUAGAGGCUCAGAAUAAAGUCAUCAGAGGCCGAAAGCCAUACCUUCAUGAGUCUCGGCAUAUUCAUGCAAUGAAAAGAGCAAGGGGAUCGGGUGGGCGAUUCUUAAAUACAAAGCAGCUCCAGCAGCACUCCCAGACUGCCACCACCAAUGACAAGAAGAAUGCCUCCAGUUCCUCUCUGCUGCAACUGGGUGGAGGUGAAGGGACAGAGAAUGGCACUAUGAGUUCUGCAGCUACACCCACUGGCUCCGAGGUCUCAGCUGUAUCCGAUGGCAGUUUGUUCCAGCAUCAGGAUCAUCAUCUCAACUUCUCAACCAACUUCCACCCCCGUGUUGUUGGGGGUAGCAUGCAGGGUGGGAGCAGCGGAAUCCAUAGUGGGUCGCAACAGCGGGUCUCGGUUAUGAGGUGAACAUGGGGAAAUUACCUGGCACUCAGGUUUUUCCUGGGCAAUUCAUCCUUGGCUUUAAUACUUAUUUUCUGAAAAUUUCCAUAUGUUAGAUGAUGUCGUUAGGAGAAUCAAAAACUGAAAAGUGUAUGGUAAUGCUAAUGCUGACAUUCUCUUAUUUUGGCAAUGUGUGGAUAACCGGAUGCUAUUUCAGAUCUGCUA